UGGCCAUAUUGCAAAAUCUUUGAGUAUUUUUAUUUUAAGGUUGAAUAUAAAUUGCUGUCGAUUUAUUUCUAUGAGGUAUUUGUCGGAAUUUUACCAUCUGACUGAGGUAAAUCAACAAUUGUAAAAAAGAGCAAUAAUAAAAAUUGAAGAGAGACUUUUUUGAGAAGGAAGAGGGAAGAGCAGAGCGGAGGGCUCCUCGGGCGUUGUAAGCGUUUAGGCCGGACCCACCUCGCCGUCUCGGCCCGCUAGGGCUCACUCACACUGUCACUGGCUCAGUCGGCCUCGGCCCCGUCAGUAUUGAAAUUGGGAGACCCAAACGGCAAAACCUCCGCUCACCGCUCGAUCUCCUGUCCGAUUUUCGGCCGAGUAUGCGACCCGUUCUCGCCGACUCAUCCGGCCAGAUGAAACUUUGAACGACCGAAGACGCGACACGAGAUUUUGAUCCGCUGACGGAAAAUACCCGGAGUCAACUUUAUCAGUCAUGACACUGCUCAAAUAUGAAUAGAAAGAAAAAUGCAGGUAGCUGUUACGAUUCUAUUAGGCUACCUUAAUAAUCGCACUAUUUCAUAUUAGUUUAAUCGGGGGUAAAAACGAUGAAGGCGGCUUGAUCUUGAGAAUUUGAGAGUGCAGCUUAAUUUGUUAUGUCAUAAGAGAAAAGUUGAAGGAUGGAGAGAUCCGAGAAUGUAGCAUUGGCUGCUCAAGUAUUUGAUCAAUUUUGCAAUGCAGGAACGCUAAAGGCUAUUCUAGCUCUCCAUAGGCAUCUUUGCGACCUCCUUCAGAUCCGACCUACAAACUUCAACCAGUUCUACCCCAAACUCAAGGCUAAGUUAGGAUCAUGGCGGGCUCAAGCUCUGUGGAGCAAGUUUGAUAAAAGGGCAAGUCACAAGUGUUACAACAGAAACAAAUGCGGUACAAAUUUAAGGGUUCUGGUAAUAGGAGCUGGACCAUGCGGAUUAAGGACUGCGAUCGAAGCCCAGCUGCUGGGUGCAAAGGUGGUAGUCAUAGAAAAAAGAGACCGCAUCACACGCAACAAUGUGUUGCACCUCUGGCCUUUUGUUAUUCACGAUCUAAGGGCGCUUGGCGCAAAGAAGUUCUUUGGGAGGUUCUGUGCAGGAGCCAUCGACCACAUCAGCAUCCGACAGCUACAGUGCAUCCUUCUCAAAGUGGCUUUGAUUUUAGGAGUGGAAGUGCAUGAAGCUGUCGGUUUUGAAAAGCUCCUCCCUCCUCCUGAUGUCCAAGGCGAAGAAAGAGUCGGAUGGAGAGCACAGACAAGCCCACCUGAUCAUCCAGCAUCACAAUAUGAGUUUGAUGUUCUAAUAGGAGCAGAUGGAAAGCGAAACACACUUGAUGGUUUUAAAAGAAAAGAAUUUAGAGGUAAAUUAGCUAUCGCUAUAACAGCAAAUUUCAUUAACCGACAUACAGAAGCUGAAGCAAGAGUAGAAGAAAUAAGUGGUGUAGCUUUUAUAUUCAACCAAAAAUUUUUCAAAGAUCUGUACGCAUCCACUGGCAUUGACCUAGAGAACAUCGUUUACUACAAGGAUGACACCCAUUAUUUUGUUAUGACUGCUAAAAAACAUAGUCUUAUUGAUAAAGGUGUAAUUCUUUCGGAUCAGAGUGAUGCUGCAAAAUUAUUAAGCACGGAUAAUGUUGACAAGAAGGCCCUGUUAGAGUACGCUCGCGAGGCAGCGGAUUUUUCAACAGGAUGCAGACUUCCCCAAUUGGAAUUCGCUGUGAACCAUUAUGGGCAGCCUGAUGUGGCAAUGUUCGACUUUACAUCGAUGUACGCUGCUGAAAAUGCCACACAUUUUAUAGAAAAGCGUGGCCACCGUCUGAUGGUCGCGCUUGUCGGUGACAGCCUUCUGGAACCGUUCUGGCCUACGGGAUCAGGGUGUGCUAGGGGAUUUUUAUCGUGCAUGGAUACGUGUUGGGCAAUACGAAGCUGGGGCCUCGGCCUUCAUCCUUUGGAAGUGAUAGCUGAGAGGGAAAGCAUUUACAGGCUGCUGGCACAGACUACUCCCGAGAACCUCCAAAGAGACUUACAAUCCUAUACAUUGGAUCCACAUACUAGAUAUCCUAAUCUUAACUCAAGGAGUUUGCUACCAUUACAAGUCAGAAGCCUAUUUGAAACUGAUGACAUUUCAGCUGUGGAACAGUUUCUUAAAGAGCCAAGGAAUCGUGCUGACACCCGUGCUGUUACAGACACUCCAAAGAAGAGAAAGAGAAAAGAAGGCCUUGUUCAUCCCGAUACACUUCUCUACUGGCUUCAAAAGCAAGUUGCUUUAUACAACACUGUAAAACUAUUAGACAUGACCUCAUCUUUUAAGGAUGGCAUGGCACUCUGUGCCAUUAUCCACCGGUAUAGGCCGCAUCUUGUAGAUUUCAAUUCCUUGAAUAAAGAAGAUAUUUCAAAAAACAACCAACUGGCUUUUGACAUAUUAGAAAAGGAAUUUGCCAUACCUCCAGUGAUGACGGGUGAUGAGAUGGCUGAGUGUGAAAUUCCUGACAAGCUGGCUAUGCUUUCAUACCUCUCUCAAGUGUAUGAAGCUUUCAGGGGUGAAAUACCGCACAUCAAACAUCCAAAACUGGAAGAAAAUGAGGAAAACGUAGAAGAGGUAGUCAAACUGCAUUCGACAAGAAUGAAAUCUCUGGCCCAUAUGACAUCACAACAGAAAGUAAAUCUUUUGGCGAAAGCCACCCAUAGGCCACCACGAAGGAGAAGGAGCCAUUUGAGUACAACGGAAAGUAUAGAAGAGAGGCUCAAGAAGUUAGAAGCGUUGGAAGAAGAGGCUAAUUGUUUGAAAAGAGAUUUUGAGCCUGUAAUAGGCGGGACGCAGUUUACCGAGAGGCAGGAGAGGAUUCGUGAGCUAGAGAGGGAACGGAGGCAUAGGCAGAGGCGUCAGGAGGAAAUCGAGAGAAACCGAAACGACCGGUACAUGAGAAGAAAGUACCUCAGGCAUCUGGCAAAUCAGCAGUUCUACAAAAGUAUGCAAAUGCUCCAGUCGAACCAGAGGCCGGAUGACGAGUCCGGCCCGUUCGAAGAUUAUUCCCUUUUCGUGUACAGAAUGACAGCACCCGAUUUCAAAGAUAGGGUGAAACAAUUGGAAGACAAGCUUCUUUACCCAGAUCGGGAGAACAGAUCAAUGGAUUAUUCGCAAAAGGGCUCUUCGACUGACAAAGAAUUCAGUGGUAGAGUCAAGGACCUGGAGGCAAAGCUUAGAGGAGUACAUUCUGACAAAAAGCCAAAAGAUCUUCUCAGAGCCAUAGGUAAAAUAGAAAAAGGCGAUUGGAAUGUAAAGCAGAUAGAGCAAAAAAUAGAAGAAAACAGAAUGGGAAGAGGAGGGGGAAAGAAAUAUGAAAAAGUGCCAAAAUGGAGUAAGCAACAAUUUGAGGAUAAAGUUUCUGCAGUGGAACGAAAACUAAAAGCCAAAAGUAAUAAAAUAGAUUUUGAUAAUAAGUAUAGUGAGUUAGACAAUAAUAUGAUGAAGAUCGGUCGAAAGAUCAAAGAAGGUAUUUACUUGGAACAAGGACAGCGGGGUGCAAACAAAGUAUCAGCGAUGGCCGCUCAUCUAGCUACAAUACAUCGCCAGCCCGAACCUGCUGUCACUCAUGUUAGUAAGAGUUCAAGUGGUAUAGUUCUACCGACACAGGGUGCUAGUGAAAUGUGUCAUUUUUGCAACAAACGAGUCUACCUUAUGGAAAGGCUUAACGCAGAAGGGAAAUUUUUCCAUCGAGGUUGUUUCAGGUGCCAAUAUUGUUCUACUUCCCUUCGGCUAGGAAAUUAUGCGUUCGAUCGAGAAGGUAAAUUUGGGUAUAAAUUUUACUGUGUUCAACAUUUUGGUCUCCAAGGUACAACGAAGAGGAGUGCGACGAGGGAAGAGUUUAAACAACAGCCGACCUCUAAGAAACCUCCUGUGGUUCCGAUUCAAACCAAAGAAGAACAACCCAUAGAUGAUAUCAGUACUCCUGAAAGGGCUGAAUUUGAAAACCUGUCGGACUGCGUUGAAGUCGAGGAAGAUGAAUGGACCGACAGGAAUUUCGGCCUGUCCACUACAGACGUCUCUGAUACUUCGGCAGACAGUGAUAGUUCGAGUGAUGAAAAUGAUGGAUUUGCUGAAGCGGAAGAUGGAGGUCUCGAUCCAGAAGAAACUCUCAGGCUGGUCAAGGACUGGACAAGGAGAUACGCCUACUCUUCGGACUCACAAGAUGAAAGCGAGACAGAAAUGGAAGACGAUGGAGAUUUGAAGAAAAGCGACCAAUUAGAUGAUGAUAGCGAGUCGGGCUCGGAAACGGAGGUACAAUCUGAUGAUUAUAGUAGUGUUAGUUCAGCUGGUGACAAUUCGGCGACUGAAAUUUCAACAGAUUCAGAAUUUGAACACGAUGGCACAACUCACACUAUUCCCGAUAUUGUAAUUAGUGAAACUGUUCAAGUUAAACGAGGAAACAUCGAACAACCUAAACAGGUACAAAUAGUAACAAGACAACUCAAUGGAAAAAUUCAAACGACAAACAACGAUUUAAAACAAAAUGCAACAAGAGAAACAAAGCCGGCUUUGAAUAAUUUAGUAAAUAACAAUAGGCCAUCUCCACUCAUUAACCCCAACCGAGGAGAUUAUCUGUUAAACAGAACUCAGUCCACUGAAGGAAUCGCUUCAAAAAUAUCAUUGGAAUUAAAAAAGAAAUAUUUAUUAGGACCGACGGGAUUAUCGGGCAGUGUUAAAAAAUCCGGAUCUGCUACAACUUUAGAUACAAGAUUUAAAUCGCUCAUAGACCAGAUUUCAGAACAACAGAAGUUAUUAAACCCUGCUCCUGCACCGAGUCCUACUAUGCAAGCCUUCUUGCAAGGUGCAGAUAAACUUAAGACAUCCCCGGUUCACCUUCUAGAGAAAAAACAAUUGCCAUCCGAUAAUUUCAAACAUAUUUGUAGUCUUAAAGAAAACGAAGAUCGUAAAGAUGACAAGAAAGAAGACGAUCAGAGUGGAACGAGAAGUCCGGUUCACGAGACUAGUAUAGUUGUACCCGAAUUUCCAAGAACGGAAGUCACAAAGGAGGUCGAAAGCGAUUCCCUCUCUUCUGAUUUGAGUAGUUCAACUGAAGACAGCGCUGAUGAACAACCCAUUCAAUCUCCUCCAAAACUGGAAAUUCACAAUUCAAGAGGUGAACUAAUGGAAGAUACACCUGAGAUGGAUAGUCUUAACAUGCCUGAUAUUUGUCUAGCAGGGAAUGAUCCUUCCCCAAUUGAUAAACUAGACCUUGUUCCUUUGGAAUUUAAGAAAGUUAUUACUGUGCCGACUGACACAGCUGGUGGGGAAGUUCUGACACAGGUGCCCAACACUGCAGAACUGUAUGCUGAUAAAGAAGACAGUAGGCCUAAUUCCCCAGACAGUACUGAUAGCUUGAAGAACGAUGUAACUGCUAUGACAGAGACGGAAUUCUCCGAUUGGGCAAGGGAUGAGGAUGGAGUGUCUGAGCCACUAGAUGAUAUGGAAUUCAUUAAUCCACAAUACCAAAAGCAGGCUGCAGUUCCCCGUGGCAUUGCUAAAAUCGCUAAGACUGAGGAUUUUGAUGAAUAUACACAUGUUUGUGGUAAGGACAGCCCAUUAAAUCUGGACAACCUGGAAUUCAUGGAUACAGGCGAAGAAAGCAGUGAUGAAAGUUCUACUAAUAAUAAACUUUUAUUAAAUAAAGGUUAUGUUCAAUUUGUUAAUAAUGAAGAUGAUUUAACCCCUGUCAUCGAGGCUGUGAAUCCAUUAAAAGAGGAGUUAACAGACACUACAACAACGACAUCGGAAGUGACUACAAUUAAAGAUAGCCCAGCUGAUAAAGAUUUUGACUAUGUUCCCUUUCAGAGUAAUAAAAAACCAUUCGUAAAUCUUCGAGAUUCUAUAGAUAUAAUGAAGAUGCGAGAGCCUGAACCUAAAGGCAACAGCUUGAACUCACCAGCGACUUCAAGAAAAUUAGAACAAUUAUCUCAGGAAAGAGCAAAACAGAAAGAUCUCAUUCAUGAAAUGGUUAUGAAUAAAUUACUGGCUCAGGGAAAAUCACCUCAGGAAAGGAAAAAAAGGGUUAGGAACUUCAGUCCCCAUUCCGCUCCACCCUUGGAACACACUACUCCCAUUUUAGAAACAAAAAAACUGGAAGAAUCGCCCAAAACACCGCUUGCUGUUUCCACGCCCAAAACCCCCAUCAAUCAGAUAUUCAGGCCAAGGCAAAGAGCAAACACCGUCGGAAAUGGCUGGAGAACUGAAAUGAGAAUACCGGAAGCAUCCUCCCUACCUGACAUACAUAACGCUUGUACAGGGUUCAAAACACCCCUCACCAUACCUAAUUUACGAAGUGGUCUGAGAGAACAGGCACGUGCUAAAUUUAAGAUGAUGAGCGAUGAAGAACUGGGCCUCUCUCCAGAGGACAAGUUGCGAAAAUUCAAGCUCAAAAUCCAAAAACACCUUCCAGAUACGCCCAAAUCAUCACAAACCAAUGAAAAAAUGUCCAGUUUGAAAAAAACCAAGGACGAUCGGAAGAAGAGCAUUAUUCAAGCAGUUUCUGACUUUUUCCAUAAGAAGUCACCCUCACCACCAAAAACGCCCUCUAGUCAAAGCCCAACAACCCAUUUUAAUAUCAAUCUUAGGAGAGAUAAGCAGAGCGAUGCACCGCCAGUGCCUCCACCCCCACAGUCAUACAUGCCGAGUCAAGAAGAUAGCUUUUCGGAAGAGGAGACCCAUUCUGGGGACAACACAUCACUCAUAAAGAAGCAAAGGAUCAGCCGACGAAUUGCAAGGCAGGCUCAAAGCAAAAGGCUACGGAUGGCGCAGGAAGUUCAGAGGCAGUUGGAAGAAUUGGAAGUAAAACAGAAAGAGUUGGAAGCUCAGGGAGUUGCUGUAGAAAAGGCCCUCAGGGGAGAAGAAACCGCAGGUGUGACUGGGAGUGAGAGUGAGCUUUUGGGCGAAUGGCUGCGGCUGACAAGAGAAAGGAGCGAGGCGAGGAGCAAAGAAAAAAUGCUCGUCAUUCGUGGUCAGGAAAUCGAGCUUGAACACAGGCACGCUAGGCUUCAGGCACAGCUGACAUCUCUCAUGGAUCAAAAUCAUGAUGGUAAAAAAACGAGCGAGGAGGUGGCACUGGAAGGCAGGAUUUUGCGGGAGAUGCUUGAAAUAGCAGAGAGGAAGAAUUCGCUUCAGCUUCAACUCCAAGCGGAGACACAAAGAUUCCAAGAGGAAGAUAGGGAUUUAGAAGCAAAGAUGAAAGCUAAAGGCCUCCAACUACCGCUGAAACAAUAAAACUACAUUAGUUAUAUUUAUAAACUGCCUGUUUUUCCAUAAUACUAUUUAUAGAGUAUUACCAUUAUUUUUUCUACUAAUAGUGAUGUUUAAAAAUGGUGUCUUAUUAAGAUUUAGCUUUAAAUGGAAUAAUUGUUACUUCACACAGCAUGUGCAAUCAUGGUAUUUUAAAUUGUAAUGAAGAAAUAACCAAACGAUAUUGUGAUCUAUGGUCUAAGUGCUAUUUUGUCGACUGUUUGUGUUGUAGUGUUUUGAUUUAAAUUCGGUCGGUGAUAGCGAUUUUUAGUACUUUAUAUUUUAAUGAUAUGUUAAGCUAACAACCAAAUCUUAAUUGUUUGCUCAUGUAAAUAUAACAUUUUUAAUUUAUUCAUCACUUCAAUUAAUUGCAAUUUUUGUGGAAUUUCGUAAGGGGUCUUUUGUAGGCCCUUUAUUUAACGAUUGAACUAAAUGCACUAAAAUAUUGAUCUCGUUGAUUUUAUUAUUUUUGUUUUGGUUUGAAUUAAACAGUUCUUCACAUUAUCUAAUUAAUUCUUACUGGUGCUUUAUUAAUGUUAUCAAUUUCGGCAUUGAAUUAUUUUUAUUGUAUUCAAAUUUGAGUUAUUUUUAUUCUAUUCAAAUGAUACGUUAUUUCUUCACAUAUGUGAUAACAGUUUGCACCGUCUUUUAUCAAUUAAAAUCAACAUGAAUUUUCCUUAUUAUUGUUAAUUGUAAAUUUUUAAUUUUACAUAAGACUAAUUUAAUUACUCGAUUAGUUUUUUAAUUGUAUAUAAUAAAGGAAGCUGAGUUUGAUACGAAUAAAUGAGAAGAAAGUUAUUUAGAUAUGUUGAGUGAUCAGGAAACAAAAAUAAAUAAAUUUAAAAAAAAACAGCUUUUUGCAAAACA